UACUCUCAUUGACAUUACCACACAGCCACGGAUCUAAAGCCUGGGCGCAUUUGUUUUUAUAUCGGAGGUCCACGAGUUUCCACUGGGGGAGACAAACAAAGGGGGGAGGAAGAAGAAUAAGACACUUUACACGCAGCACAGGAUACCGACCGGACAAGUCAGCUGCUUCUCAUCCGGGAUAUCCCCUCCGUCUUCUUCUCCACUCCAGCACCCUUUUGGAAACUAUUUUUUUUUGUUGCCCAGCCCCACUCUCCUUCACUUCCACGAGAGAAGACCCGCCAUCAUCGUGGGUAUUUUACCCCUGUUUUUUUCCCCUGUGUGUGGGCCGUGGACAAACAGGCAGCACAGUUUGGUUUUGACAGCGACACAGGAUGCCCCAAAAAGGGAGGCAUUAAGUAGUGAAAACGGCAGAUGAUUGACUAAAUUGUAAUAAGAGUGGACAGUCAACUCUGUUUCCAGAAUACCACAACCAAGCGACGUGGGAGUCUGGCGUAGCCUCAAUGAUGCAAAACAAGGUGUAUGACAUCUGUGAUGAAGGUCACAGCGGCGUUAACCAGCUCGGCGGCGUGUUCGUCAACGGCAGACCACUGCCAGACUCCACUAGGCAGAAAAUAGUAGAACUCGCCCACAGCGGUGCUCGACCCUGCGACAUCUCACGAAUAUUACAGACCCAUGAUGAAGUCCAAGUGGUGGACAGUGAAAAGGUGUCCAACGGCUGCGUAAGCAAGAUUCUGGGCCGCUACUAUGAGACGGGCUCUAUAAGACCGCGGGCCAUAGGCGGCAGCAAGCCUCGGGUCGCUACGCCGGAGGUGGUCGCCAAGAUUGCGCAGUACAAGCGGGAGUGUCCGUCGAUUUUCGCCUGGGAGAUCCGCGACCGGCUUUUAUCGGAAGGCAUCUGCACCAACGACAAUAUACCCAGUGUGUCAUCGAUAAACAGAGUACUCCGCAACCUGGCGAGUGAGAAGCAACAGAUGGGCGCAGAUGGCAUGUAUGACAAGCUGAGGAUGCUCAACGGUCAGACAGGAAGUUGGGGGACCCGGCCCGGCUGGUACCCCGGAACAUCAGUGCCCGGCCAGCCCAAUCAAGAUGGCUGUCAGCCGCAAGACGGCGCAGGAGAGAACACGAACUCCAUCAGCUCCAACGGUGAGGACUCAGAGGAGACUCAGAUGCGUUUGCAGCUCAAGAGGAAGCUCCAGCGAAACCGCACCUCCUUCACGCAGGAGCAGAUCGAGGCGCUGGAAAAAGAAUUUGAAAGAACUCAUUAUCCCGACGUUUUUGCACGUGAGAGACUAGCGGCCAAAAUCGACCUCCCCGAAGCAAGAAUACAAGUAUGGUUCUCCAACAGGAGAGCAAAGUGGAGGCGGGAGGAGAAGCUUCGCAACCAGCGGCGACAGGCCAACAACUCCUCCAGUCACAUUCCCAUCAGCAGCAGCUUCAGCACCAGCGUGUACCAGGCCAUCCCACAGCCCACCACGCCUGUGUCGUUCACCUCGGGCUCCAUGUUGGGCCGCGCUGACUCAGCACUAACAAACACCUACAGUGCACUGCCCCCCAUGCCCAGCUUCACCAUGGCAAACAAUUUACCUAUGCAACCCAGCCAGACCUCCUCCUAUUCCUGCAUGCUGCCUACCAGUCCGCCUGUGAAUGGGCGGAGCUACGAAACAUACACGCCCCCUCAUAUGCAGGCACAUAUGAACAGCCAAUCAAUGACCACUUCUGGUACCACCUCAACAGGACUCAUCUCUCCUGGAGUGUCUGUCCCAGUGCAAGUCCCAGGGAGCGAGCCUGACAUGUCUCAGUACUGGUCCAGACUACAGUAGAGACAAGAGCUACUUCACCUUGUGAGCACCUCCAACGUGGACCUGUCGUGUGCUCCUCACACACACACACACACACACACACACACACACGCUCGCAUAAAACAUAAACACACAUACCGGAGAGGAGAACAAGGACUUGUGUAGCUGCUGGCACAUUCAAACGAGGACGACGACAGGACUGAAAUAAAUGGACCUCUGUGAAGUGCCCGCUCUUACAUUUUUAUGGAACAAAAAAAACGAAACAAUUUUUUUUUUUUUUUUUUUUUUUUUUUUUUACUAUUUCCAGUCAUUGUUUCCUAUUUUUUUUUCUCUCUGGUGUGUUAGUAAAAAAAAAAAAAAAAAAAAAAAAAAAAAAGGCCAUUUGUAUGUGAAUAUGAAUGAUGGGACGCAUGAAGCUGAGACAUUCUGUGCUGCCGUGACUAUCUUUGAACGACUCUCUGCAUGGACGCAUAUCAUUUUGAAAGACUCUUCGGAGAAACUAUUUAUUGACCUGACAAAGGAGCACACACACACACACACACACACACACACACACACAGAUAUCAACGGCAACAUGUGGCGAGGACGACACGUGGAAGCAACGAGAAGCCUGUAGUCUGUAAAUGGUAGACUGCGUCUUUGCUAUAAUAAUAAUAAUCCCCCUUUUUUUCUUUCGUGUCCAAAUGUAAAGUACUUGUCUUCCCUGGAAAUCUUCGAGAGAGAGCGAGAGCGAGCGAGAGAAAAAAAUCUCCAAUAAAAGUUGAUUUCAUUUAUACUCCCCCCUCCUCUAAGAAUAUCCUAUAAAUGUUCCAUGCAUCAUAAAGUACAUUUCUUUAGGGUCAGGUACAAUUUGUCUCUUAGCUAGAGUUGUAUUAUAGUGUCCUAUGGUCAAAAUAAAAAAAAAUGUGUGCAACUAGAAAUAUUUAAUUCCUAUAAUUAUGAUUAAACAUUUGCUUGACAAAGAGUUUUAAACUUAACGUGUUUGGCAGUUGUUUACAAGUACAUAUCAGAUUUAAUCAUUGUUGAUUGUAAAACAGACCAAAGCCUUUGUAUUUCAUCUAGUACACAAUGUUUGUUUCUUUUUUUAAACAUAUUAGUUUGUGUGUUUUGUUUCGUUACAUCGGCUUCCGGUCUGGAAGUCUGCGGCCGAGACCUGCGAUUCCUUAUUUAUAAUUGAAGACCAUGGGAAGUUUGUUUGUUUGUUUGUUUGUUUUCCCAGCAUCAUCUGUCAUGCUCUUUUUGUUUUAUUUUUGUUCUUUUAUUGGAAUUUUUGAUUUCAGUGUGUAUGUAGAACAUGGACACAUACUGGGUUUACGUCUGGGUACAUGGAGAUAUGAAAAAAACAAAAAACAAACAAAAAAAAAACCACAACAAAAAAUGUUGACACGCUGUCUCUUAAAUAUUUCAAUUUAAUUUUAUUUAAAAUGGAGCUUUCUAAA